AGGGAGUCGCAUCAACAUGUACGAUGGCGUAUGAACGCGUCAUUCUAUUUCGCGAUAUGGUUACCGGUGUACCGCCCAAAGAAAAGAAAUCCUGGCUCACACGGAGCAAGCUAGCUCCUACACAGCACAGCAUAGCAAUAUCCCACAUGAUAUUGCAACCAAACGUUACAAGCAUAUCUGGCGUGAUGCCUGCCUAAAGACAGUUUGCAAAGUCCAAGACACCGCCAGAAGCCCUAAUAAUAAAGCGAUGUCCCUGAGAAGCCACACCGCGUUUGACAACUAGAAGUAUACGCCCCGACUUUUGAAAUGCCUCCACAGCAGCGCCGCAUUUGAGUCGAAGCGCGAGUCCGUGCAAUAGCAGCCAGUCUGCGCCCUUCGCAAACGUGAAAUGUCGUCGCUAGUUUCAUCACUUUUCUGGCCGCAGCUGCUGCCAGAGCUUGCGGAGCACAUCAUCAGCUUCCUGCCGCCCAACGAGGUCGCAUGCACUGUGCGGCUGAUCAACAAGGCCGCAGCAGCGCAGUUCAGCGGCCCUCGCUUCACAACCGUGAAGCUAUCGUCACCCGUGCCAGAGCAUGCCUUUGCGCAGCACUGGGGCCGGCCCGGUGCCAUGCGGGGCCUGACGCACAAGCAACGGCUGCAGCUGCUCUGCCUGACAGCACGCAGCGGCAGCACCCGAAACCUGGAGCUGGGAAUUGCGAGUGCGGGGCUUGCGCUGCCACCAGUAUCCUACCUGGGCAUCGAUUUAAUGAAGGCUGCGGGCGCUGCGGGGCAUCUGGAGGCAUGUGCAUGGCUGUGGCAGCAGCACGGCUGCCCUCUGUACGCUGCCAUUGCAGGCGCGGCAGGUGGGGGCCACCGGGCCAUUUGCGAGUGGGGCCUGGCUGCCGGCUGCCCCUGGAAUGACAGCUUCGCCUUCGAGGCUGCUUGCGGGGGUCACGUGGGGCUCAUGGAGUGGCUGCUGCAGCUGUGCCCGCCGGGAGCACCACCGUGCCUGGCCCGCUAUGUGGUGCAGGCUGCAGCUGUUGGCUGUGGCCUGGCUGACCUGCAACGGCUACACCAUGCAUGGCUUGGCGUGGAAGAGCAGCAGGGCAACCCAGAUGCAGGGCAAUUUGCGAGGUACGUUGAGAUCCACAAGAGUUGCACUCUGGCGGCGGCCGCCCGCAGCCGCACACCCGACUGGCAGGCCAAGGUGGAGUGGCUGGAGGCACGGGGCUACCCCAAGUCAGUGAUGGCCUGCUCUGACGUGGCUGCUUGUGCGGAUGCUGAGGAUCGCCUGAAGUGGCUACAUAGCAGGGGCUACCCGCUACCACCGCUUAUUAUUCUUGAACGUCUAGCUGCGGAGGGCAGCUGCCAAGCGCUGCAGUACCUGCUGGGGGCGGGUAUGAGGCCGCCAGCGGCUUGCAGCCGACGGGCAGCCGCUGCAGGUGGCCAACUGGCCGCGCUACAGCUGCUGCAUGACCACGGCUGUCCCAUGGAUGCGGACACGGUCAGGGCAGCAGCCUCGGCUGGACACCUGCAUGUACUGGUCUGGCUGGUGGAGGUGAUGGGGGAUGAGCUGCUGCUGGAUGUUGAGGUGUUCAUCGCUGCGGCCCAGUCGGGCAACCUGGAGCUGUUGCGGUGGCUGAGGGAGCGGGGUUGCCCCUGGGAUGGGGAGACCUUCGCCGAGGCUGCCUCAGGGGGCUGUGAGGAGGCGCUGGAGUGGCUGGUGGAGCAGGGCUGCCCCAUGGGGGAUGACGGUCGGCCCUACCUGGCAGCUGACUACAAUGGCGACACAGCCAUUCGGAACUGCCUGCGGAGGCUGGGGUGCCCCGGGGGUACCCCUGCCGGGCGGGCUGAUACAACCGUUGCUGGACUUGGACUGCAUGGUUGAGGCGGGCUGACCCUGCUGGGGUAUGUGUAGGAAUGGGGAACUGCUAGAUGAGAAGUACUCUGGAGGCGAAUGAAUGACCGUUACUGAAAGGGAACACGGGUUUAUGAACCCUACACUGCAAGAGAAGCGCUGAAGUGUUGAUGCUGGUGCUUACAUGUGCACGUCUAUCUGCAGGGGAGCUGCUUAGGUAGUGGGUGAGGGGUGCAGCGGCCAAACGCAUCUUGCUUGCACGUAACGUUGCACAAGCGGGUAGGUACGGCGAUAAGCGACGCGAGGGAGUGUUGGUGAUGAGGGAUAGUAAAGGAGGCGGUCGAGCAGCUGUUGGCAGGCAGGCAGGCACCAGGACGGUAGACGGUGACGUACAUGGAUGGGGGAGCGGUUGAGAGCAUGGGGAUUGUGGUGUGGCGAGGGGUUUGCUGUUGUAUGUGCGAAUGCAUGUGGCACUGUGUCGGGAAUCAAAGGAACUCCAGGUUGCGAUUCCACGAUUCCCCCUUUGUGCCUGCUGCCUCCUGCUGGGAUGCCCGCUGGCUUCGUGCGGUGUGAACGGAGGCAGGGGAUGGGCGGCGCUGGCCGCUGAGUGACACAAUGCUGAGUGCAGGAUGGUGACGAGAACGGUUGGGUAGCAGUUAGGUGCUGGUUGAGUAGUGCUGAUUGGGGUCAGAUUAGUGGUGGAUCUGCCACUACAUUGGUAACGUCGGAACAUCCUUCGGAUGCGGUGCACAAUUUUGGAAAACCUUGAGAUAUAUUGUAGGGG